AUGAUCUAUCGUCAUUACUCCCUGAAGGACGUACCUGAUGCGGAAUGCGGUCCUAGUUUGCACCCCUCAAGAUGCUUAACCAUCUUUCCUGACGAACACUUUGUGACAGAAAUCGCAUCUCGAAGCACAUUUUGUCGAAAUGUUUGCCUCAGAGAUGACAAGAGAAUUUCUUUUGUUGAACAGUCACUUGUUUACCGUUUUCGGUCUCAUCUAGCGGAAGUACGUGCACUUGAAUUGAGACUGUCCGAAUUGACUGAUGCUGUCAGGACGUCAAUUGUUGUUGAGUAUGUACUUGUUGCUGUGACAACUGUGGAUGUUGUAGCAGAAGUUCCUCAUCGCAAGUUAUUAGUACCGGACGCUGAUGUUCAGCCAUUUGUUGCUGAUGAUAUAAGGCCAUUCUUGGCUAGUGUUAUUGAUGAAGCGCUGUAUGUGGCAUAUGAGACAUUCGUGGCUGAUGCUCUUGUUGGAAAUGCAUUCGUACCAACUGCUCCUGCUAAAGAGCCGUAUGUGGUCGUUGUUUUUGUUGAAACAACAACUGGUCUUGUUGAUGUAGUGUAUAUGGCGUCUGCUUCCGUUGAGAACACAUUCUUGGCUGUUCCUGCUCUUGAAGGGUCAUUCUUGGCUGUUCCUGUUCUGGAAGAGCCAUUCUUGGCUGUUCCUGUUAUUGUUCAAAUAGGAUACUUGCCAACUCCUGUCGGAGUUGGUUAUAUAAUUGAGACUCAUCUUGAUGAGAACUGUAUGUUUGGGACUCAUCUUGAGGAGAAUUAUAUGAUUGAGACUCCUCUUGAGGAGAAAUAUAUGAUUGAGACUCCGCCUGAAGAGGACUAUAUAAAUGUUGUUCCCGUUGGAAACAUUGUUGCUUGGAAAGCUUUGAUUUUAAUUCCAAAGCAGCUUGUUGCUCUCCAGCUACUUGUUAAUUUAUAACUGGUUGUUGGUUUAUAAUAUUUUGUCGGUCUACAGCAGCUUGGUGAUCUAGAACAGCUUGUUGGACUAUAGCAGCUUGUUGAUCUAUAGCAGGUUGUUGAUUUAUAGCAGCUUGAAGGUCCAUAGCAGCUUGUUGGUUUAUAGCAGAUUGUUGGUCUAUAGCAGCUUGUUGGUAUAUAAUAACUUGUUGUUCUACGAAAACGACAGGAGCAGGAACGAAUGGGUACUGUAUACUCAACUUGGAUAACAAAUGGAACACCCAGAACGGCACAAAUGAGGCCAAAAUUCAAACAAAAAAUGACGAGCCGACCAUCGAGAAAGAAGACAAACGCAAGAGUCUGACAAAACAGCUGAAAAUUCAGAGCACAAAAAUAAGAAAGGCAGUUGAAACUCAGUAGAAAUAAGAAGAAAAGAGAAAGACUUCAGAGGUAUAACAGGAUUACUGAGAGACAAAGAGAAGGAAUUCCAUUCAUACCCACUGCCCAAUAUCCCCGAGAAACCCUAAUAAGUCUAAAGUGACAAAUAACAAAUCGCAAGAAUGACCACAAAUUCGACGGCC